AUGCGAGCGGCUGCCGCAUUCCUGAGUGAGUUUAUGAACAACGCGAUAGUCGUCCUUCCACCUCCCAAAAAGAGCCAAAAGCAAACAGUACCUGAUCCGACGUUGGAAGACAUUACUGCGAUGGUCCAACAAUACUCGAUUGAAGAUGUUACUGAGCCCACUCAAAAGCAUAGCAACAUCGUGGGGUCUUUGUAUGCAAUUGUUUUGGAGCUGUGUGAGUGGCAACUCACCUGA